AUAUUCUGUUCUGAAUGAUUACCAUAUUCAUGUACAAAGGUGAGUGAUAAUUAAGAAUAGAUUAGAUGGAUAGAUGUGUAUGUGUGCUUUGAAUGGAAGUAAAGUCAGAAUGGCAAGAUAUUGUUAUGGAUAAAUGAGCAUUCAUGACAUGUGCUAUGAAUAAAAAUAAGGGCAUUUGCAUUGUACAUGUGCAAAAAUUCAUGGCUUUGUCGAUUUCUCCCAGAGUAUUUCCAUAAAAAGAGAAAUCAUAAACCUGAAUACUGUAAAACUCUUUAUUUCUCUGUCGUAGAACAGCCGCCACCUUCUGUGCGCAUGCGCAGUGAGAGCAGCGAGGGGCUCGGGCUUUUCUCUCGCGAGGAAGGACGCCAUUAUCGGAUCCUCACAAACAACACGAGAACUCCUCAUUCACACGGUUUGAAUGAUGGCAGAGCAAGAUUUGGUGGAGAUAGUCCAGAUCGCAGUGGCAGAUUUGAAUCAUGAAGAACACCAAACAGAUGUCCUGGAGAAUAAUGAAGACGCUGAUCCACCAGGCAGGAAACGAGCAAGGAUGGACAUUAGCCAAGAAACAUCUAUUAAGUCGAUGCUGGUGUCCAUCAGUCAGGCUAUCUGCCAGCGGCUGGACAGCAUGGAGGCCAAGCUGCAGGUGCUUGAGGCCACCUGUCGAGGUUUAGUCGAGAAGCUGGACACAGCGAUGGGGAAAAACCAGUCGACCAUCCAGGUCCCCAUGGUGUCAGGCUCCCCGUUUGGAGCCACUCAGACUUGUGAUAAAGUACGCUGUGUUGUUCCUCAGACAAACGUUAUAGUGAGUGGAGACCGACCGAAGACGCGGGAGGAAACUUCACCACACGCCUCAGACUCAUUAGAGAACCUGCUCAGCAAUACUGUUGGGCGAGGAAGGCAGAAGACGAUAGUGCUGAAGGUUCCCAUCCAGGAAGAGGUUCCGGAAGAUCAGGAAAGCGGCUCUGAAACGAGCGAUUCGGUGUCCAACAGCGGCCAGCCGUUAUCUCAGAAUACCAACAACGUAACGCUCAUCACUCUCAACUCAGAGGGUAAGAUUCACAAAUGGAUUGUGUUUUGUCUUAAAAUUUCCCCAGUGAUAAUUACAGUCACAUAUGCAUUUAUUUGUGCAAAAAAAUCCCUUAUGAAAUCGUUAAUACAGGAAGUUUUUACUGUUGGGCGAGGAAGGCAGAAGACGAUAGUGCUGAAGGUUCCCAUCCAGGAAGAGGUUCCGGAAGAUCAGGAAAGCGGCUCUGAAACGAGCGAUUCGGUGUCCAACAGCGGCCAGCCGUUAUCUCAGAAUACCAACAACGUAACGCUCAUCACUCUCAACUCAGAGGACCUGCUGGGCCAUCCUUCAGUUGUUCUCGUGCUAUUCUUUGUUUACCAGAGUAAAUGGGUUCUAAGAGGACCACAGCUCAUCGCAGUGGCGUCGACCGACGGGACGGGCGGGGUUGACGCAUCUCCUCUCCAGGGUAACGAUAUUCAGGUGCAAUACGUCCAGCUGGGAACGGUGACCGACCACACCGGCGCAGUACAAGUUCUAAGAGGACCACAGCUCAUCGCAGUGGCGUCGACCGACGGGACGGGCGGGGUUGACGCAUCUCCUCUCCAGGGUAAUGAUAUUCAGGUGCAAUACGUCCAGCUGGGAACGGUGACCGACCACACCGGCGCAGUACAAGCUGAAGCUCUGACUCCAGCGCUGCAGGCGGAGAUGGAUGUGAAGGAGGCCAUUCAGCUCCAGCAAGCCGAGAACGGAGAAGUGGUUCAGAUCCAGAUGCCAGGCACUUGAGCCACUCACGCGCAAACUUCUCACGUGUGCGUAAACAAAGAUAUUCGGAUAGAGCGUCAAGGAGAGGGCGAAACCGCAACCCACCCCAAAAUUCUCAACCAAAACCAGCACCGUCAGUCAACAGUUAUUGACUAAAUCCAAGUAAAACAAAUGCAAUUUGAUGUAACAUGUCAGCUCGUAUGGAAACUAUUGGCCCACAAAUAACGUCUCGUCUGCUUAGUAACGUAUAAGCAGUGCUGGCUUCAUCGCUGGUUCCUCCAACCUCUCCGACACGGAUCAAAACAGAAGGCUUUUUUCUCUCCGAUCUAUCUGAAGUACCUCACAUGCAAAGAGCAAGCAUGUUGAACUAAAGAUUCAAGCAGACAGUCGCGUUACUG